AGACGCGCCACAGCAUCCCUUAAAAUGAGCGCUUUCUUUUCACCCCUUUCAUCUCUUUAUUUAGUUGGAUGCCUGUGUGUUGUAAGUUGAUUGUUUAUCAAUUAGGAUGUGUACGUUUAAAUAAAAGAAUAACUAUGGAGCUCAUGUUGAAAAUUUUCUGCACUAUCAACCGCUGAAAUGCGACGUCUACUGCUUUUAAUCGACGUGUGCCGUUCCAUCCACGUCGGUUUAGGCUUCUACAACUCGACGACGAAGCUCGACGAGGACUACUACCUCAAUUACGACUACGAACUGAUCGGUAAUGUGUCCGAGAUGUCGGAGGCGAAAUCGGACCUACUCAUCCUCCCCAAUCCCGAGACCUUUCAGUCGAAGUACACCGUCGACGUCCUGCCGAAGGUCGACCUUCCCGACGACUCGCUCGCCGACACGGACCUGCGCGAUCACGACUUCAUCGACAAUCUAAUGUACGUCUACUACGGCUCGCACAAUCGGAACGGUAGCGGUUACGGAUCGGAAAUAAUCAUCAUCGGGUCGGUUUUGAGUUGCGCCGCCCAGCUCCUGACGAUCUUCUGCGUUCUGCUGCGCAAGAAUUUAAUCGGAAAGAGGGAGAUCAACAAAAUGUUCCUUCAUCUCAUGGGGUGCCUGUGCCUGUCCAAUCUCGUGUUCAUGCUGGGGGUAUAUGCCACGAAGAGCGUGAUUAAGUGCCAAACCGUCGCGCUAUUGCUCCACUACUUGCAUUUACUCACGGCGUUUUGGAUCUUUCUUUACUGCUACUACGUCUACAAGUCCCUGUCGCACAGUUCCGUACCGAAACUGAAAUGUCUAUUCACAACGGCCUACGGCUCUCCCGCUCUACUCUCCGUCGUAUCGUUUCUCCUGGCCCCGAAGAGCUACGAGACGAAGAAGUUCUGCUUCGUGUCCGUUCAGAAGGGAAUGCUGAUCAAUUACAUGCUGCCGAUUUCCAUUUUGAUUGUAAUCACGACGAUGUAUUCGCUGAACGGCAUACGAAAGAUUAACCUGGAGCUCUCCAAGCUCGAGAUGACAUCGUCGGCGGAGUCGCUGAACAUGCUCCGGAGCGAAUCGGAGUGUACCGAGAGCGAUAAGAGACUAGAUGUCGCCAGUGAGGAGGUGACCAGUUUGAAGGAGUGCAAGGGUUGCCUCAAGGUACUGUGCGUUAUACAAACGAGCUACGACGUCGUCUGGUUCACCGCCGUCUUAGCGUUGGAAAACGUCAACUACAGCAAUAGCAUGCCAAUAUUUUAUACCAUCUUUUCAUUGUUACUGAACUGGUACAUUUUCGCCAAAACCAAAGCGUUUCUGCCCACGAUUUUCUACACUGCCGAAGUCGUCGCCGACAUUGGAAGUCUUGAGAUUGACAAAACCGCAAUGGGGAACCUCUCCGUUUCGGCAUCGCGACGUAGUUCAUCAGACAACGUUCCUUUACUCGUCAACUCGGACUUGUGUACGGAGAUGCACGAACUGCGCCAAGAAACUAUAAGUACUAUAAGUAGUUAAGGAAAUGAGAAGAGAUUAUGAUGCAUCGGCCUAUAUCAGUAUUAAUAUAACUUCUUAAACAUUUAACUGACAAAAUUCUAAAUGUUGUAGAUUACUGACAAAUGUAAUCUGUAAAUAAUCAUUUAUUAGAUAGUUUGUUUUUAUAUUUAUCCUUCUCGAAAAACGUGUUAGACUAAGGUUGUACAUUUUGUUAUGAUCUAAGAGUUUAUUACGUUAAAUGAGAAAGAU